UUUAAGUAGCAAGUAAAAAAAAAAAAAGUCAUGAAGAAAAACAAGAAGAUGACCAUAUCAAGAUCAAGAAAUUCAUCGUUUGAUCCGAAGAAGCUGAAUCCCUUCUUGGUUUGUGUCAUUUCUCUUGCCAUUUUCAUUCCAUCAAGCUGCAGUGAUCUCUCACCUCCAACCUUGAUCAACUUCGGCGACUCGAACUCCGAUACCGGCGGUGUUCUCGCUGGCACGGGACUCCCGAUCAGCCUCCCCCACGGCAUUACGUUCUUCCACCGUGGCACCGGGCGGCUCGGCGACGGCCGCCUCAUAAUCGACUUCUUUUGUGAAGAGCUGAAAUUGACCUAUUUGAGCCCAUAUUUGGAGUCCUUAGCUCCAAAUUUCACAAGUGGAGUGAACUUUGCAGUGAGUGGAGCUACUACACUUCCACAAUUUGUCCCUUUUGCUCUUGAUAUUCAAGUUCGCCAAUUCAUUCACUUCAAAAAUCGUUCUCUUGAGCUUCAAUCAUUGGGUUAUAAAAGAGAGAAUUACAUGAUGGAUGAAGAAGGUUUUAGGAAUGGUGCAUACAUGAUUGACAUUGGACAAAAUGAUCUGUUGGUUGCCCUCUAUGCGUCAAAUUUAACCUACAAACCAGUGGUCCAAAAGAUCCCUUCUUUUGUUGCAGAGAUCAAGCUGGCCAUUCAGAAUUUAUAUGGCAAUGGUGGGAGGAAAUUUUGGAUACACAACACAGGACCAAUUGGAUGUUCUCCAAAAGAGUUGGCUUUGCAUCCACACAACAAGAGGGACGUUGACCAAAUUGGCUGCCUUAGGGUUCACAAUCAAGUUGCCAAAUCCUUCAACAAAGCCCUAAAAAAUGUGUGCAAACAGCUCAGAUCUCAGUUGAAGGAUGCAACUAUUGUUUACGUUGACGUAUACACUAUCAAGUACAAUCUCUUCGCUCAUCCCAAAACAUAUGGGUUCGAGAAUCCAUUGAUGGGAUGUUGUGGGUAUGGAGGGCCACCAAACAACUACAAUGUGAAGGCAACAUGUGGGCAACCUGGUUACUCCCUCUGCGCCAACCCUUCAAAAUCCAUAGUUUGGGAUGGAGUUCAUUUCACUGAUGCUGCCAAUCGCAUUGUGGCUUCAGCUAUCUUAUCUUCCAAUUUCUCUACUCCUAACCUCACACUUCACCAAUUUUGGUUACCAUGAUUAUUGUCAUGUGUGUAAUGUAACUCUUCAACUUAAUUAAUAAUAAUCAAUAAUAAUCGUAAAC